AUGAUCUACUAUCUUCUUCUUCUGCGACAACGUUAUCAAUAUUUUAGUCAACGCGGAAUUCCCACACCACCAUUCCGUUUCUUCUUUGGUCAUCUUCGAACCUUGUGGAGUUGUGCAUCCUUUCACCGUCAACCUGAAAGCUGGACGAAACAAUAUGGGAAGAUCUAUGGAAUUUAUCAAGGCAGUGUUCCUACCUUUGUUGUUAGUGAUCCUGAUUUUCUUCACGAAGUCUUUAUCAAACAAUUUCUCGUUUUUCAAGGACGACGUGAGAUUUAUGUACGUAAGGCUAAUAACCUCUUUCUUUCAUCUGGUGAAAAAUGGCGUCGACAUCGUCAUGUAAUAAAUCCAACAUUCACUGCAGCCAAACUAAAAAUGAUGAGUCCACUUAUCAAUGGAUGUAUCAGUAAUCUUAUGGAAAAAUUAGCUGAUCAUGCAACAAACAACAAUCAGUUCAAUAUCUAUGUAUACUAUAAGCGAAUGACAAUGGACGCCAUAUGUACGUUAGUGCAUGCUGAUGUAUACUCGGUCCAUUACGAUCGUGAGCUUUGGGGUCCUGAGGAUCCAUAUUUGUUCCUUCCCGAGCGUCAUAAAACCAAACGACAUCCAAUGGCUUAUCUAGCAUUUGGAGCAGGACCCCGGCAUUGUAUUGGCAUGCGCUUUGCAUUAAUCGAGAUGAAAAUUGUGCUAGUACGACUGCUUCGCGAGUAUUCAGUUCUACCCGGUGACGAUCUCGAAAGCAAAUUCAACAUUCGUGAACUGAUAGUCAUCGUACCAGAAGAAGUUUGGAUCAAACUAGUAAAAAGAGCUGCUUGA